UCGGCACUUGAUUUGCUCACAUCAGCUCUGUGUUCGAUGUGUAAUGCCUGUUUCACUCCACGUGCACUUGUUUGGGGAAAGAUGGCGGCUCCAACUAGCGAGAUUGAAGUGGUCGCUGCGAAAAAAACAAAUGUGCGAGGUCCGAGGAGAGUGGCCAAUCAGAUUCCUGAUGAGAUCCUCAAAGAUCCAGAGCUCAACGAGGCCAUUAAGACUUUGCCAGCUAACUACAAUUUUGAGAUCCACAAAACAAUAUGGAGGGUGCGGCAAGCCAAAGCCAAGAGAGUGGCCUUGCAGUUGCCCGAGGGUCUGCAGAUGUUUGCCUGUGUGAUCGCUGACAUCAUUGAGAGAUUCACAGAGGCGGACACUCUGGUGAUGGGAGAUGUGACAUACGGGGCCUGCUGCGUGGACGACUUCACUGCCCGCGCUUUGGGAGCUGACUUCAUGGUGCAUUAUGGGCACAGUUGUCUCAUCCCCAUAGAUUCAACAGAGGGCAUCAAGAUGCUGUACGUGUUUGUGGACAUCCAGAUUGACACUGCCCACUUCCUGGACACACUCAGGUUCAACUUUCCCUCUGGCCACUCGCUCGCCCUCGUCAGUACCAUCCAGUUUGUGGCUGCUUUACAGGCAGCCAGUGCAGAGUUGAAGCCAGAUUACGAUGUGUUGGUACCUCAGUGUCGGCCGCUUUCUCCUGGGGAGAUCCUCGGAUGCACCUCGCCUCGUCUGGAGAAACAUGUCAAUGCCGUCAUUUAUCUUGGAGACGGAAGAUUUCAUUUGGAAUCCAUCAUGAUUGCCAACCCAGAUAUACCUGCCUACAGGUAUGACCCAUACAGUAAAGUGUUUUCUCGAGAGUAUUAUGACCAUGAGGCAAUGCGGGCCACCAGACUGCAGGCCAUAGAGAGUGCCCGCUCAGCCCAGAGAUGGGGUCUCAUCCUAGGCACCCUUGGUCGUCAGGGCAACCCCAAAAUCUUGGAGCACUUAGAGUCUCGGUUGGAGUCUUUGGGCCGUUCGUUCACACGUGUGCUCCUGUCUGAGAUCUUCCCCGGCAAGCUGGAGCUCCUGGCAGACGUGGACACGUGGGUGCAGAUCGCUUGUCCUCGCCUCUCCAUCGACUGGGGAACAGCUUUCUCCAAACCCUUGCUGUCUCCAUAUGAGGCAGCAGUAGCUCUGCAGCAGGUGGGAUGGCAGGAGGUGUAUCCUAUGGAUUUCUAUUCCAAUCAGAGCCUGGGGGCCUGGACUCCUAAUCACCCAGACAAUCAACCAAAAAGGCCUUCUCGCAAACCUAUGCAGAAGGCGGGUUCAGAUGCCGGUCAGCAGGUGAGGAGCUGUGGCCGUGAACAGAGCGCCUCCUGUGGCUGCCAGCCGGAAUAAACACAGCCCUUUUAGCACGGCCAACCACAGAUCACCGUGGACAUCUGCAGGAGACAAGCGACCCAAUCAGAUCUCACUAUGGACAUCACAGCCCAACACACUCAUCAAAUCAUCCCUCGGUUGACACGAGACAGUGAGAAACAGAAAAAACGCAAGUGAGAGAGAAAGAAUAAGUGUGUUUGUGUGUGUGUGUGGGUGAGAGAAAGGCACAAAAAUGUGAGGAAGUCUAUAUGUGUGCAUGUCUCUGUGUGUGUGUGUUUUGUGCGCUGACAUGUCACUGGUGUGUGUGAGACAGAGAUAAUCCAUUGAAAAAGAAACUCUGACCCUGAAUGCACAAUGUUUCGUCUUGCAGCGAGUGGGUGGUUUUAGUUUAACGUAAUCAUCUUGUCCCUCACUUAGAAAGGAGCUGCCAGCCACUUUGCAUAAGUGACCUUCAUCCUUUCAAAAUUACAGCGGGAAAUGAGAGCGUGUUCAGAAUUAUUCUUCUGCAGAGGAAGAUAAUACUCAUUCUGAAUUCCAACUCUGACUUUUUUAUUUCCCAUUAUGCCGGCAUGAGAGGUUCUCCAACAGAAAGGAGCUCUUUGAAUGUUAUGUACAGGAUGUGUUUUAGUUCCGCGCAAAAUAAAAUUAAAUGUUUACGAUUUGCUGUUGGACUUUGAUUAACUGCUGCUGUAUGAAUGCCAGUAUAUAGUUUGUCUUUUGUAAUCACUGAACAAUGAAAUCCAGGAUGGAUCAGCGGUCAACUGAAACACAUGGAGCCAAUUUCCCUGAAGCGGAUUAGGCAGAGUUUUGGACGAACUUUGGCUGUCAGUAGUGAUUAUUCAUAGUGAAAUCUUUUAUAGUCUGAAACUAAACAUGAUCUGUGUCCAGGAAAGCAGCCAUGUUCCUGUGAAUCUGGCACUGAAGAUGCUGACUCUGUGUAAGACUGUCAGAACAGGCCUCUGUCAAACUAGUUUAACCCCUUUAG